GAGUGAGCUCGGCCUGUUCCGUCUGCAGCCAGCCGGCGGUGUCACUCAACAACGGUGGAGACUUCAAAAUCACUCAAACAUACCCCAACACUAUUAAACAGGUGUCAUUGUGGAUAUAAGCUGCAAAGAGAAUUUGAGGUUCUCUUCUGAUGGUCAGCCAUGGAUGAAGAUGACAGCCAGGAUGAGCUGAUCAAUCGCAGCACAUCUCACAGCAAAGGGAAAAGAGCCGCAGUGUGGGCCAUCUCAGAUGACUCGGAUGACUCUGAGGAGUCAGCGGAGGGAGAAUCUGACAGUGAAGAAGAAGAAGAAGGGGAAGAUCACGUGAAUGGAGAAGAUGACGAGGAGGAGGAAGAAGAAGAAGAGGAAGAAGAAGGGAAUGAAGAGGAGGAUGAUGAGGAAGAGCUCGAGGAUGGAGCUGUUGGAGGAACCUCAGCUGGCUUUGAAGUGUUGAGCUCAGAUGAGGACUCGGACAAGUGUCCCAUCUGCCUGAACUCGUUCACCAACCAGCCCGUUGCCACACCUGAGAGCUGUGAACACUACUUCUGUUUUGACUGCAUCCUCGAAUGGGCCAAGAACGCUAACUCGUGUCCUGUAGACCGCCUUGCCUUCAACAGCAUAUACCUAAGAAAAUGUUAUGGAGGGAAAGUGAAAAAAAUGAUAACAGUGCAAAAGCCUGUGAAGGAAGGUCAAGAGGAAACAGUGGAUCUGACCCUGGAGCAGACAAACUGUGAGGUGUGCGGCGGCAGUGACCGAGAGGACCGUCUUUUGCUGUGCGAUGGUUGUGAUGCAGGGUAUCACAUGGAGUGCCUCACACCGCCUCUUAACUCUGUUCCUGUAGAGGAAUGGUUCUGUCCUGAGUGUCAAGCCAACAACCGUCACUUAAAUUUAGCAGAGGAGCUCAGUGACUCGGAGAGCCUGCCCUCUACCGCUCGUCCAGCCACCAGUAGAUCCCAGCCCCGGGCUGCCGGUCCCACCAGGGCCAUCGCCCGUACCCAGCAGAGUGAGAGAGUUCGAGCAAACGUCAACCGACACCGCAUCACUCAGGCACGCUCAUCGCAGUUGGCUCCCACAUAUCUGAUCCAGUCAACCUGGCUGGAUGAAACUAUUAAUGCUGUGGUGGCCGGCCUCAACACAGCGGUUUACGUGCGGGACUUCACUCCUCGGGUCCCGUCCGGCCGCAGACGCAAGUAUGUUAAGCGAAGAAAGGUUAAGACUAAGGACACGUCUUCUGCUCAAGGUAAAAGAAGUAAAUCAAUGAACACAAUGGUCAAGAGGAGGAAACGCAGAGUAAGAAGGACUAAGAGGAGGAAACAGAAGGUAGUUAAAAAGUCGAGCACUUCUCGAAGCCGCAUUGCCAGUAACCUUGGCAUUGUGAAGGAUAAGAAGAGCUCCUCUCUUCCCACUGUGUACCGACCGUCAGAGCAUACGCUGAGCAACAUGCGUGUCGACAUAGGAGCUGCAUCCCUCUCAAUCUACGGAGAUCCUUUUGAUCUGGAUCCCUUUGCAGACCGUGAGGAGGAUGGAGAACAGGCCCGCGUUACGUCGCUGCUGGAGGCCAAGAGACGAGGAAUCUCUCGCUCAGCCCUUCGCUCCCACCAACCUGUGGCCCGACCGAUCACUGCCAGCCUCUCCAGAAGGGAUUUAGGUGUUCCCCAGUCAGGGGACGUUGUGGAGCCAGCUCCAGUGCCCGAUCUGCUGGGCAGCAUCCUCUCAGGACAGAGCAUGCUCCUGAUGGACAGCUCCGACGUCGUCAUCAACCGAGACGGAUCCCUCAAGGCUACAAAACCAGUGACGCCGUCCCCUUUACUGCCAGCCAGCAGAAGCAGCAGCAGCUCUGGAGAUGCCGGCUCCCUCAUCAGUCCAGUUUCCUCACCCAGCCUUGCAGAGAGCUCUUUGUCCCUCCACCACAGUGGAGCGCUCCCGGGACCCUCGAGUAGCGCUGUGAACAGAGAUCUGACCCCGAGCUCGUCUCGCUCGCCGCCCUUUAUGGCCUCCCCGCCCAGCCACACUCAGACAACUCCUCAUGCGGAUGUAUCUCGAAGAAGGCACCCGGGUCUGCUGUCGCCUCAUUCAGCCAGACCCGCCACCUCUGCUGCUCACUGGGGAAGCAAUGGGGCUGGAGCCUCGAGAGAAAUUUCCCCCCCGACCGUCCAUCCCACCCCAGACUUCAGCACCAAGAGCAAAGGAACAGCUCAGUCACAAUCUCAGUCUAAAAAGGCACCGACAAAGCCCAUGUGGGUGGAUGUGUCCGUGCUUCCAAGGAUACCAAAAAUAAAAAGAGACAAUAGCAGUGAAGGCACCAGUCAGAGGGGCAUUAGUGACAGGAGCGGCAGGGGAAAUGGUAGCAAUCCUUCUGCUGUCAGUAACGGGUAUGGCGUGCACGAAGCGGGUACAAACAGCCUUUCUGGAGACAAAGGAAGGCAGCAGAGCGUCGACCAGCAGAGGAGCCGGGUUGAUGGUCAGGCCCAGAGGAACAGGCCUGGUGGAGCAGGCUCGUCGUCCUCAUCCUUCUCCAACUCGUUCUCUUCUGCGUCCUCCUCCACCGGCUACCCUGCCAGCCAUUCGCGGCAUCCCUCAGCUCCCUCGUCUUCAUCCGCAGUGAGUUUCCGCAUUAACUCCAGUGGGAACUCGUGGCAUUCGAGGCGGCUCAGCAGUACGUCGUCCUCGGCCAGUGGAGACGCCAGACCGGGGCACUGCAGAGAAAAAGAAGACGAAGCCAAGAAGAGACAGUUGCGCAGAGAUAAGCAAAAGCUGCUGGCAUCGCGUACAGCCGUCGGCAUGGAGCAAGAAAAUAUCUACGAUCCCUUUAAUCCCACUUUGUCAGAUUCUAGCAGCUCAGGCAGUGAAGCCGAGAGCACCGACCCGGUUAGUUCGCAAAGCGCUUCACAUGAGGGCCGACCUCCUGUAUUUGGAAACCUGGAGGCCACAGUUAAAGAGGAAAACAGCAGAGAGAUUAACACCGAAACUCAGCAGGUUGAUGCAUCACAGGAACAGUCAAGGACAACUCAGAGGACUGUACCAGAGGUCGACAGGCACUCGACGGGCGGGGUCAAAGUUAAAAAAGAGUCAACAAUAUUAAACAUCAAGACAGAAAAACCAGCAGAUGUACCUGACAUUGAAAUUAAGAAAGAACCUGGGUUAGAUGAGGAAAAAGAUUCUGAAAGGUGUGAUGAGAGCGUAAAUAGUUGUAUAAAUUCAGAGACGUUACUCAGUACGCCAUCUGCUCAUCACAGCCUGGAUCUGGUAAAGACUGGAAGACGCGUUAAAAAGGACAGUGGUCAGAGCUCUGCAGCUCAAAACAGACCGGUUCCUGAACCGUUAGCCUCCAGCUCGGCAACCAGCAAAAAAACUCUAAAGGAAGAAAUUAAAUCAGAUUCUACACCCACUUCAAAGUCCCUGUCAAGAGAUUCACACCAAAGCAAGAGACCCCCCAAACCUCCGAAGGAACAGUGCUCCAGCAGUUCUGAGACAGACAGGAGCCGACGAGGGGAUCGCCACGCCUCGGGACAGGCAGGCAGGAACAAAGAACGGGACAAGGACAAAGAAAGAAGUUCCAGGCGGUCGCCGCCUGGAGAGAGGAGGAGGGCGCGUUCAAGCAGCUCAGACAGCUCUCAGCCCGGUUCCCCUGACAGGGCGCGGAGAAAACGACGGCGGUCCCGUUCCCGAUCCAAAGAGGACAACAGGAGGAGACGAUCCAGGUCUGCUUCCAGCUCCAGCAGCAGAGAGCAUUCACAGAGGAAGAAGCAUAAACAACGCGGCAGGGACGAUGAGCGUGAGAGAAGACGACCGUCAAAGGACAAGAGGCGCAGUCGUUCUCGCUCCAAAUCUCAAUCAAAGUCUCGCUCUCGAUCCAGAAGCAGAUCGAAAUCAAAGGACCGGAAUCGUUCUCGCUCAAGAUCACGUUCCAGAUCCAGGGAGAGGAGGAAAGAACAGGCCAGGCAACAAAAUUCAUCUCAUUCUUCCAGAGACAAAGUGGAAUCCCGUCCUAAAGACAAGAGAAGACCAAGAUCUAGAUCCACCUCAAGAGAGAGAAGGAAAAAGGAAGUGUCGUCCAAGAGCUCACAGAAGACUUCAGGGCCAUCCGCAUCAUCCUCCAAAGACACGAAGCAGUCGCUUGAGAAGAAAAAAGUUAAAGACGUUACACGAAGCUCCGUUCAAGAGAAAAGAGUUUCUAAAGUUUAUAAACAGGCGUCGCCUUCCUGUGCGUCUGCAGCUAAAGUCAUGAAGGAGGAAAAAGACGUCACUGCGAGCCAAAGAGCAGAUCUAGCAAAAGAAGUUAAGCCUGCAAAAGAAAUUAAAAAAGAGAAGCUGCCAUGUCUUGACAUGUUUGAAGAUUCUCCAUCGAUUAAACCAAUCAAGAAAGAAGAACCUGACACGCCUCCUUUGACAGUUGACAUCAAUGAGGAAAACCAUGAAGAUACCCCCCAGAAGACUGAGUCUUGCGAACUGGCCGCAUUGAAAUGUGAGCCGGAUACCUCAGAAAUAUGCCAAUUACCCCCUGUAACAUCGCCCUCUACAAUGACUGCUCCUAAAACAGAAUGCCAAGAAACACUUAGUGAGUCUGCUGCACAGUCGUCGAGCUCAACGACGCAACAAAACACUGCUGGAUCUACUGUGCCUGUGAAACAUGAAGCUCGACAACCGUCAGACUCAGACGAGGACUUCAACGUCGACGUGAUGCUCGACAACCUGGAUUACGUGAAGUCCGAACCCCCAGACGGAAGUGGGACGGCCCCCAAGCAGGAGAAAGAGGGACAGCCAGCGUCCACUUUAGCAGGAACAAAAACCAAGACUCAAGUAAAGCGGGUCACCUGGAACUUACAGGAGCCGGAGGGGCCUCAGCCAGAGAAAUCUGCAAGCAAGCUGGCUCUGUACAAGCUGAAGCUGAAGCAAGAAGGAGCUCGCAGGCCGUUUUUGGCAGUGCAGACAUCCGGUCAGGGCGUCUCUGGAAUAGCCGGGGAUCCCUCCAGUAAAGGGGCUGCCGUCCCUCCCUCUACCUCUUCUCAUUCUGACGGCCUGCAUCCUGAAGCGCUGUCCACCUCGGGACAAACUGAGGGCGAAGACGGAGAUCAGUCCAGGAAAGACAAGCAGUAUUUAAAGAAGCUCCACAUGCUGGAGAGAGCUAUAGAGGAGGUGAAACUGGCCAUCAAGCCUUUCUACCAGAGAAGAGACAUCAACAAGGACGAAUACAAGGAGAUUCUCCGCAAAGCUGUCCAGAAGGUUUGCCACAGCAAGAGCGGCGAGAUCAACCCCGUCAAAGUGGGGAAUCUGGUUAAGGCGUACGUGGACAAAUACAAACACGCCAGGAAACAUAGGAAAGAAGAUGAUUCAGGGAAGGCAGCAGAGGUCCAACCCGAGGCGAUGCAAAUCUCCGACAGCCCGUGACUAAGCAAGAAACUACAGGCAAGGACACCAACACUGUUCAUUACGUUAUGGUUCACACUACCUGCUGUAUACAGUCGAGAUCUGGUCCCAGUUUCAGGACAAAACACUUUGGAUAACGUCAAGCUUCCUGUCUUAAUGCAAACUUUUGGAAAUUCUACACUGAUAACUUGAACUGAACCGUCUGGUGUCUGUCGCUUGGACUGUCACUGCCAAGAACUGGGAUUUUUGUGUGGUGCAGCUCCGACAGUGAGUGGGAGAUAAUGAGGCAGAUCUCACACACACUCCCGUGGAGGGAGUAAUCAGGUAGCGUUCUCCUUGGGCAUAUCCUCAUGAGGCUGCUGGGUGAUGUGAACUCUUGAGUUUUCUAUGACUUUAGUUUCUUGUGUUGGAUUGAUUGGAGGGAAAAUUGUAUUUGUCAGUGACAGCACUCAGAUAAAACAUAAUUUAUCACAUCAAGGAAAGACACUGUUAUGCAAUUUUUUGUAGGAAUUUAUUAGUAUAAUUCUGAAUAAUUUUAGAUUGCCCUGUAAAUAAUAUAGAUUUGAUAUAUCCAAGUGUAUGUUCCUUUUAUCUGUGCUGCCUGUAAUGAAUGAAUGAAUGAAUGACAUAAAUGUUUGUAGUUCAAAAUUGCAGGCCUAUGUUUUGUUUUUUAAAGCCUGUGUGUCGUGUCUUCAAAAAAUCUAAUACGUUCGUCUUAUGAGCAGAUCUAGUCCAGCAUACUACAGGAGGAGUUCGGUUCGGUGUAUUCAACUGGAACAUCAAGUCUCUGUUCUAAAAUAACUAAUGUUGUUUUUUAAUCUGUGUUUUUCCCCAAUCGUUUACAACAGCUUACAGCACUGAGCUUUAAAAAAAAGCCUAGAAAUUAAGUUUUUGUGCCAAAGGAGUAAACCUGAUAGUUAAAUAAAUCAGACAAAAGUAUCUUUGGGAAGAAUGAGGUUUUAUCAUGAUGAAGUAGGGAAUGCAGAUUAUACCUCCGAGUAACAGAUUUUAAUCCAGGCUUUGUCUAUUCUAUCUUUCAUGACCUUACAAGGAUGUUGAUGUCUAGAUUAUUAUAAAUUAAGUUGCGUUUUCAUCUUCAUCUCAUAACAUUGUGACUUAAUGAAGUCUGUCAGUUGGAAAUAUGUGUCAUAAUCCGCAGCAUCUCCACUGGAGCAGCGCUGAAAGUAAAUACACGCCUAAAACCAGGAAAGAUUUAUGUCUUCCUAACUGAUCACAACUUAGACUGUCUUGAGCUGAGUCGGUCAGAAAUGUUCAAGAAAAAUUAAAUGCUGGCUGUCGGCCUGUUGGUUGCCUGCACUGGUUCGUUUCUGCUCUAAAGGUUUAUUUGGGUGAUUGGACUCGACCAGUACUUUGCCGCCAUGUUUAAUCGGGCUUAAUAAAGCCGAGGACUUUGGGUGGACGAUCUGAACAAAGGAAUAGGUGGUCACUGCUGACGUGAUCUGAAUGUAUGUGAAUGUGCUUUUUCUGUAUUUACUUGAUCAAAGCGGUCAGGUGUUUCUAAGAGGGAAAACAAAUAAUAAUAAAUGACUUGUGAUUAAAA